AUGCUGGGCCACAGCAUCUGGAGGUUUGCAAUCUUCGUGGCCCGUUGUGGCCACUACAAGGAGGGCCAUGGGAAGACCUUGCAAUUUUCAGUAGAAAACAAGUGGUGGUCGCUGGCCAUGAUGACUGUUUACUCGGGAUCUGGAUUUGCAGCACCUUUAUUCAUCGUAAGAUAG